AUGGUUUGGAGGGCUGCUCGCAACCGGCUUCCAACUACAUCGGAGCUGCUUAAAUGUGGAGUAAAUUUGCAAAACGCCUCUUGUGUUCUUUGUCAAUCGGACCCGGAAACGGCGAUUCAUUUAUUCACUGGGUGUUUGUUCUCGAAUGAGGUUUGGAGUAGAGUUGGUGCUUGGUGCAGAUUGAGUCCAAUUUUUGCUUUCGAUGUGACGGACCUUUUGCAAGUGGCGGAAACUCAAACAAAUUCGAAGGAGGCGAAAUACAUUUUAAGAGGUAUUGUUUUUACUACAAUGUGGGCGUUGUGGAAUGAACGUAAUGCUCGUAUUUUUAAAGACAAAUCUCGAAGACCGAUUGAGGUUAUGGAGAAUAUAAAAUCGUCGUCGUAUUUUUGGAUUCGGAAUAGGUCUAGGUGGAAAGAUAUAGAUUGGAAUAAUUUGUGUAAAUAUCCUUUGGAUUUGAUAUAA